AUGAGGGAAUCCAACUUUUGCAAUCCCGCCCAGAACAAGGCGAGCGUCUGCAUUUCAUCCGCCGUCUAUGAUCGCAGAGCCAUCGACUGCACGGCAACGCUGCCGCUCAUCAAUUCGCUUAAUCACCUUGCCUACCUCACCUCGACCUCACCACGCAUCAGGGAGAUGGUCACGCUCGAUGGAGGUCUCGAACGUCUCAUUCGCAUCCUACGCACCGUACCAAAGACGCCAUCUCCGCAGGUUCGUGCUUUCUCGAUCAAGGAGAUGCAGGCGGUGUGGAAGUGGAGUCUCGCUUUCCAGUGCGUCGUCAACAUCGGCGUGCGUGGCAGCGAGAGCGUCCGAACCCGCGUCGUCGAGGCAGGCAUGGUCCCCGUCACCAUCCGUGUGCUCGAGUCCUAUCUCCGAAGCAUGGACAGGCUAAAAGACGAGCGACGCAAGGAGGCCUUGUUGCAUCAUCAACGUCACGAAGCACGUCGGGAGGACCGCUCGCAUCGAGACCGAGCCGAGCCCGCCUCGAUGUCCAACGCUCACCUUAACGCCGUCGACGAGGAUCGCGCGCGGCGACAUCACGCUUCGCACGACGCUCAAGCCGCACCACCUGCCGUCGAUCACGAGACGUCUUACGCACCUGCAAACGCGCCAUUAAAUCCAACGCGCAGCGCCGAGACCCUACCAACAGCACACUAUACGACCGCGCCUACACCACAGAAUGCACCAAUACACGCCAGCGCACAAGAACGUCUCCUUGCCGAGACACGACCCACCACGCCGCUCGAGGGUCCCGUCUCGACACGGCGUACAUCUGUGUUCGCCGAUAUGGAAGCACAAAGCAGCGUGGACGGCUACCUCCCGCCUCAAGCCUCUCCGGUCCCUCUUGUCGAUGCCAAUCAAGCUCACCCUGGGAUGCCCAUGAUCGACGCGAUCGACCCUCUUUCGCUCGCAUCCUCCGGCGGCGUUCCUGCUGUCGCGCCUGAUGGCACACCCAGGGCGCUGAGCUCCGCGCAGGCUGGCAGCUCUGCCGAGGAUCUGCGAAGUCAUGCUGCCGAGGCAAGUGGCAGCGGAUCCGACGGCGCCGAAGAUGCCGAGAUGUUUGCAGACGACGCCGACGACAGCGAAGUCGAUGCAGUGCAGUCUUUUGCAGCGCGAUCCAACGACUCGGAAGCUUUGCAGAUCAACACUCAGAACCAGAUGAGUGCCGACGACGACUUUGAAGACCGCCGCACUCCACGUCCUGCUCGCCGCGCACUCGCGCCGCUGUCUGGUCAGGAUGCACCUUCGCGGUCCCCACAGAGCUUCAUUACACCUAACAGGCCGACGAACACACACGCGCCGCCUCUUUUUGAACGACAAGACACCGUGCGGCCUUCGCGAGGCUUCGCCGCCGCUUCGGGCUCGCGGGACGUGGCCUCCACCAAUGUGGCUCACACAGCGCUUGCGGCACAGAUUGGUUCGCGAGACUCGACCCGCCAACGUGACUCGCUCCCUGAUCGACAAUCUUCAGCGGAGCAGUCGUUGCACAGCGAGCAGCAGGACAUGCACGAACAGGCACAAUUAGCUGCGUCACAACAGACACGCCACCAACACCAUCAGCAGCAGCAGCAUCAUCACCACCACCAUCACCAUCACCAUCAUCAUCACCAUCAACAUCAGCAGGAUCAGCAGCAAGAUGCACAGAUGGCGCGCCAGGACGCCCGACAGCAUCAGCACGCUGCUCCUCGUGAUGAAGCACGUACUGCCACCCAGAGGACUACGCAGCCUCCUGCAGAUGCAGCGGUGGCCCAUCCAGCUGUUGUGCAACUGAGCAACCUGGCUGACACCAAUGCGCGAGCAGGUAUUGACGUUGUCUACCGUGAAGAAGAGGUUUUGCUCAGCCUUCAGCUGCUUGCCUAUCUCUCGAAGUACGCACACGUCCGUAUCCUGUUCCACUCGUCCGACUUCACCGGCGCAUCGCUCACGGGUCCCCUUGACGUGCUCAACGAGGAGCUCGAGCAAGCCACCAAACGCAACAAGAGUUGGGAUCCAUCCGAACCUCCGCGCAGCAACGUCUUCUCCAUCGCCGAAAAGUUCACGCUCCGAUCCUCGCGCAGCUCUUCCAGCUACCCCGCGCCCCGCCUCUCCAUGGAGAUCCAGUACUGGGCUGGCGUGAUCAUGCGUAACGCGUGCCGCAAGGACGAAUCGCGAGGCGGGAUCCGCCAAUGCGCCAACAUGCUCUGUGGCAAGUGGGAGGAGUAUCCUCGCGAAUUCGCCAAGUGCCGCCGUUGCCGCAAAGCCAAAUACUGCAGCAAGCAAUGUCAGAGCAAAGGCUGGCAAAUGGGUCAUCGCUACUGGUGCAGUGCCAAAGCGGACGAAGGCGAUGCCAAGGACAAGGAGCGCGAGAAGGCGAACGAUGCUCAGCGAGCGGGACGCCACGAAGAUGGCGACGGCACUGGACCUCAUAUUGUGCCAAUGACCGCCCACGAUGCUGGACACGCGGGCUUUGCAGGCGCACUUCCUACUGAUGGAGGGGAUGGGCUUCGUAAUGCCAAUGCGCAGCGACUCCCUCGCGCCGGCGAAAUCGAUCUCGACGAUAUGAACGACAACGAUGUCAACCGAAGGCGGUGGCAAGCCGAAAACUCGGAGGCACACGUCACGCGUGAUGGACGUAGUCGAGCCCGCAGCAAUGCUCGCCCGAACAUGGACCUGUCUGCAGGUGGUUCCACCCAUGUGUCCGCCGCAGCAUUCGGUACCCAUCAGCAUCGAUCUGGUGGCGACGUGACGGCGGACGGCAAUCCCAUGGAUGCGCAUGCCCUUGCUGGGGCUCGACCCGGAAGCUCGUCGGAGAUGCAUCGUCUCGCACCCUCUGCAUCAUCGUCUGUAGACAUGCUCGUAGACCCGAGGCAUGUUGCCAGCGCUAGUGAGGCCGACGAGGCAUGGGCCGGAGCUGCUGCCGGAUCUGGCGCGAUAGCGUCGGCGCCUUACUCGAACGUAUCUGGCGUAGCUGGAUCUGCAUCGACUCCACGAUGGUACGGCGCUGAUCGUGGCGGUCUGGCGGACGGAAGCGUUGGUGCGUUUUCGUCCAACGCAUCAUCUCCUGCUCGAGCCUCGCAUGUCGACAGCUCUGCUCAAUCGUCUUCGCGAGGCGCUCGUCGCAGUGCGCUGCCUGGCUCUAUGGGGCUGCCCUCGUCGAUGCUACGCCAGGACCUGCGCGACCGAAGGGUCACGAGCCUCGCCAGUCUAGAUACUGUCGAUGGCUCCGACAUUAGCGAGGACGAAACGGAGCGACGACUCGCUCAGACCCAGGGGAUCCUUCCGGCCUUUGCCGCCGCCGCCGCUGCUGCAGGGCUUCGUGCUCGCGAGGGUGAAGCUCCUCCGCAAGCGCCUCAGCGGACAGACUUGGCAGGACGACCUCUGCCACCACCGGUCAUCGCGUCUCAGAACGGCGAAGAGGACGAGCUGGCACUGGGCGGCCGCGCUACACCGGGCGUUGGUGGAGAGCAAGACUUUGCCACGGGCGAGAUCGACCAGAUGCUCGGCCACUGGGCCACGAGGAGGCCAGGUGGAAUCGGCAUGCAGCAACGACUGGCUGAAGUGCGUCCUGAUCUACCUUCACCCGAGCGAUCGCUGUCGCCCGAAGCCGUAGCCACGUACGGAGCGGAUCCCUCUGAAGCGACCACGGGCGCUCGUUCGGAUGACGAGGAUCUCGGCGCCACGUCGAGAGCAGCUCGGUACGCAGGGCUGUACGGACAGGCGCCGUUCCAAGCCGGCAUCGUGCGUGGCCAGACGCCGCAGCCGCACCAUCGACUGCAUCAGCAACGGUCUGCAAGCGGCUUCAGCCAGUUCGGUGCGCAUGGACCGAGGUUCGGCUACGGCGAGUCGAUGGGCGAGCCCUCGACGCUGCAGGGCUACAGACCAUCGUCGAUGGUGUCUUCUCCGCUCGCGCAGACGCCUGUGCGCCGUAACAGCGGACACCACCUCCAUGAGGCGUCGACCAGCAUCGUCAGCAACCUGGAGCACGCCGCGCAGAGUCUGAGGCAUGUGAACCAGCGACCUGCCAGCAGUGCUAGCAGCUUAGCAGGUGGACAUGCUUAUGACGACGAUGUGGCCAUGACCAAUGAUGUCGCUUCGGAUCAAGGGGCUGCUAGCUCCAGCCAUUCCCGAUUCGCGUCGUCAGAGGAUGAGGUGCUGGACGACGGCGACGAUCGCGAUGAUAUCAGCAUGGAGUUGUAG